GGCCGACAAAGACGCUUAUAGAGCACUUAUGCUUACUAAAAUGUUUUCUGUUUAAUUAUUCAUAAAUGGAUUUAACUUAAAAGAGUAACUGCUAAAGAAGCUACACCUUAGACAUCAUAUAUGGAUUUAAGGACUUCAGAGAGUAACUUAAAAGUUAGAUAUCAAUGUGUGCAAAAUGUAGAGAGCUGUCAUUUGGAAAUCAACAGCUUAAACGACAAGAGUGAGUUUAUCUAAAUGGCAAUGUCCGAAGAAAACAUUGGAUGUUAAAGAUUAUGCACGGCAUUUUGAAUUUUCAUCGUUUGAAAACAUACUAAAAUAAAAAUGGCAACUUGUGCAGAAAUAAUUGAAGACGAAGAAACACAAAACUGCAUUAAAUGUCUUUAUGGAAUGAAAAUUACACGAAAUGGAUUGAUUCGGUUCACAAAUGAUGUGAUGACUGCAUUUAGAGAUCAAGCUGUGGAUGACGCCAAUGAAAAUAACUCGGCAAAACAUCAGUCUUGUUCGAGUUGCACGACGAAAAGUGUUGUACCGUGCCCUACACGUGGAAUAUGUUCAUUUCUUCGUGGUACACGUGCUUGUAAAUUCCAUGACUCUCUACCGCAGCCAUGUCCAAACAAGCUAUGCAACCACAUGCUUUUGUUCAUAAUGAGAAAUCAUAAAUAUGGCGCCCCUUCUUUGAAGAACACAGAUGCAAGUGCUUGGUUUACCAACGCAUGGGAGAUUGCAAAAUGCUUCUGUCCUCCGGAUGGUUACAUCAAUGCAAAAUCUGCCAAAGAAACAGACCUGAAUGGGCUGCUGAGCAUUUUCGAAAAUUGUGUAUUAUUUGAAGACAAAUUCAACGACGUAAAAUGCAUUGGAGAGAUUCGUGAAUAUUGUCGGAAUUUGCGCCACUCUCCCAACAUGCAAAUACCAAACACAGAAGUACCACGCAUUUUUCAAGUUCUCAGAAAUUUGCUAUCAGACCAAAAGGACAUUGGGACACGCCAAGAAGCUAAACAGGCCUUGGAACAACUAAACGAGCUCGAAUCAAACAAUAUCACAAUCAGUAUGGAAGAAACCAAAAUUAUUUUGGCCACAGAACGACAAGCUGCAGAAGAAUGCCAGCACAAGCAAUGCCAGGAUACUCAAGGAGAGCUCAUAAAUCAAAUAGCCUCCCGUUUAGAUCAAAUAACAAUGUUACUGGAACUGAUUGAACAAAGAUCUCGUCGACAGAGUACUAGAGAGACAGCUACCAACGAUGGAGAAACAACAGACACCGUGAAAAUGAAAUACGACGAAAAGGUUAAAGGAUUUGCUGAAGAUUUGUGCAUAUUGUACAAUAAAUACUACAGUACCCUACCACUUGGUCCGUUGUUUGAAGAAAAGGUGACACCAGUUGAAGACAUGUUUGUGAUUCCAACUCUGACACAUUUGAAAACAGAAACAACGAGUGAAAAGAAAAGGGAAGACAUGUUUCGUAGCGGCUGCAAUACUUUUCAAGAACCAAUUACAUCUAUAGAUGAAAUUUUCAUGAGAAAAAACAAACGAGCGACAACAAUAUACCUUGAGGGCAAGACAGGCUUUGGAAAAACGUCUUACUGUACAUUUCUGACUACACUAUGGUGUAGGAAGAACUCAAAAGUGAACGAAAGACGACAAGGCGCAUUGUUUACUGAAAAUAGUGCAUACAUCGACAAAUCGAAAAUACUGGAGGAGUUUAAACUCCUUUUUCUCGUGCCCCUUCGUUCAGUGGAAGCAGGCAUCGUUGACGUAGAUGAUAUGAUUUACAAACAUAUCAUACCAAAUUUAGCACACAAGGACACAUACGACAUGGCCUUCUUAAGAGAAGUUUUAAAUGAAGAAAGAUGUCUUAUCGUUCUCGAUGGGCUUGACGAAUGGUUACAUCCUUCAAGACAUACUUCAUGCAUGCAAAAACACUGCUGCCUUCCCCAUUGCAGUUUUCGCAAUUGCGUUCUGCUGAUUUCAUCGAAACCAGGGAAAAUAGCGGAUAGUUGUGUAGCAUUCACUGAAUUUGAAAAUCGUCUUGCUUUGCAGAAGCUUGAUGAAAGAGCACGAAGGAUUCUUGUCGAAAACAUUUCUAAAAGACUGAAAAAAGAUACAUGUGGCAUAAACGUAGUGAAAUUUUUAGCGGAAGUUGAAAAAGAUGGAAUUCAGGACUUCCUUUCCAACCCGCUAACAAUAGUUCAGAUCAUGUGCCUUUGGCACGACGACAAAUCGUUUGUGGACUCAAGGUGCAAGGUAUAUUGUCAAAUACUCAAUAUGCUUCUCAUCAGGGCUGAACAAAAGUCGGCACCACUUCACAUUAGUCAGAGUAGUGAUGAAAAAGAGAAUGUAGAACUCCCGCCAUGUUUCACUGAUGAUGCAGAGUGUUGUCAUAAAUACAAAACGCUUCUCUUAAAACUAGGAGAACUUGCGUUCAAAAGCCUGAAAUCAGACAACGCACAUAUGCUCGAUGCAAGAACGGUUACAAAAACAUUGUCCAGUGAAGAAGAAAAGUUUACACUUUGCACCGGUAUCUUAUCAAAACACGAGCAAAGCGAGAAAUUUGCACGAAAAGUGUGUUACUACAAUUUCCUACAUUCAACGUAUCAAGAAAUGUUGUGUUGUUUGUACUUGGUAUGCGCACAGAGAAGUGAUGAUCUUACGAAGGAGCUCCUAAAUAAAUUGGAAGGCAAAAUGCAAAAAGACAUUUUGUCAGAAUUUUUCGUAUUCUCCUGUGGCAUGAGUGCUAAAAUAGCAAACUCAGCGCAUGAAAAAAUUCUAAAAAUGAAACACGACCAGAUGAAGACUUGUGACAGAAUCAAGUACUUAGAUGUGCGCAAUUUCAGAGAUUUAACAUUGAAGGGAUACCAAGAAUCAAAGAACGAUGGAGUUGAGAUAAACAUUUCUCUGCGGCAAUGUGUUUUUGAUAAGCACAUGGACUCUCAGUCAAAUCCGGAACUAUGGAAUAAAAUGGAAGGAAUAUAUUCAUUGGCCUGUAUAUGGCAUAAGCAGUUUUCCAUUAAGGUUGACGAAAUGAAUAAAGCUAUUCAAGAGUCUCGCGAUUCAUUGCUGUAUGUGUUUAUUAAUGGAGAGCACGGAAAGGAUAUACGGUGUACAUCGGCAAAUUUGAAUGCAUGCUACAUUCUGCACACAUUGGAAUUGCGAUCUAUAGAAUUGACAGAUAUUUUGGAUCUUUCGAACUGCCAAACACUCUCAUCACUGACGAUUGCAAAAGUGAAACUAUCACAAAUUCACUUAAAUCCAUCGAAACUACAUUACUGCUUCUUGCGUCCUAUAGAUGACAAAGAUAAUUCGUUUAAGCUAUCAUUUGCAGAGAAUAAAACAUUUUCAGCAAAUCUGAAAGAACUGACCCUGAUGAAAGUCAAUGUGAUUGGAGAGCUAGAUAUAAGCAAGUGUCAACACUUAGACGGCAUUUGUUUAUGGAAUGUAAGCAUGGACAGUUUGAAAAUAAGUGAACAUCCCAUAAAAACGUGUUUUCUCGGUGACCACAUCGGAAACGAUGAUAAAAGUUACUGGCCAGAUGUUCUCAGCAUUCUUGAAAAUUCUACGACUAUAGUUGAAUUAUAUGUCAGUGGGUCAGAGUACAAAUCGACAGAAUUGUUAAGAACAAUUCAAACAAUGAGCAAUUUGAGAGAUUUGCAGUUAAUGCAUAUAGAUUGCUCUGAGUCAGAACUGAAUUUUCCGAAAAGACUUGAGAGAUUUUCACUCGAUGAAGUAAAGCUAUCAUUUGAUGCUUUCAAAGUACUAGUAUCAACGGUGAAAUCAUUUCAACAGAGCAUAGAAUGCCAAUUUGAGGGAUGUGAAAUAACCAACACUGACUCUAAUGCAAUUGAAAUAUUCAUCACUGAGACAUGCAAGCCUCCGUCUUACGAAAUCGAUCACAAAGUGUUUCGGUCAAGAAAUGAGAGUUUUCCGAUACCAAUAAAUAUCCGUUCACCAGGGCCUAAAGUCGACCCUAACAUUAAAAAUCUUGGUUUCCAUACUUGCGUGGAAUAGACAGUCCCUGGUGUUUGGACAUCAGCCAAAGUACAUUGGCAUCGUUUAACUUGCUAUUAAACAUUGUUCAGCAUGUCAACAAGAGUUACUUUUAAAAACGAAUUGCGUGAAUUUGAUAGAGGAUAGAGCUAGUGCUAUAUCGCAGUCUUUUUCAAUGAAAUGUUGAUGCUUGUUUGUUAUGUCCGUAACAUUUAUAAGUUGUGUGUCUCUUGUUUUAGCGUUUCAUGCAUAUGGAUUGUGCCUUUACACAGGGUAUGUAAGUGUGUUUUGCUAAAAGGCUUGUCCCUGUAGCUUCCAUUGUAUAAUAAAUUAACACACAAAAGAAUCCGCGCUUGUUUAUUUAUGUGUUAAACAAAUAUUUAAAGCUCAGCAAAUCGGUUAUACAAUAUAGAUAUCACCCUGAAUAGGCAACCACAAUACCUUUCUUGAUAUUAUCAGUCAAAUAGUUUUAUUAGAAUAAACAGCUUUGUUGUAGAUAUAUAUUAAAGAAAGACUAUCGUUUUAAUUGAUAUUAUUUCUUUCAUUAAGUUGAUAUGUGAAGGCAAUUGUAUUUGUAUAACUUACGCAAAGAAAUAAUGCAUUUCAUGUGCAAGCAUAUCUGAAUAAUUUGAUCGUUAAGGUAUCCAGCCUAUAUUAUUCAAGUUAACAACGUUGUUACCGUGAUCGUUGUUAACUUUCAAAUUUUCACUGCUCUGGAAGUUCCAUGAACAAAAGUAUUGAGAAAGAAACAGAAAAGCGCUGACUACUGCAGAUGUUGACCGAUGUGAAAGUUCACACUACUCUCGAUAUGUCAUUCGUCCAACCAAUAAGCUUCAUUUCAGUGAAAUAUCGUUUUAUUAAUUAUUUAUGAAAUAAUGAUUAUUAUUCAAAAAUGCUCGAUGACAAAUGUAGUGUGCUUAUACCAAUUAGUUUUGUUCAAUAAUACUCCUUUAGAGAUAAACUUCAAUAAAGAUAACCAGUU